AUGCCCGUCGCUCCCGCCGCCCCGCUGCUCCAGCUGCUGCUACUGCUAGGGCCGUGGUCCCAGGCUGCGGGCGUCGUGGAGCCGCCGCUGCCCGCCGUGGUCCUUACCAUCCUGGCCCGCAAUGCCGAGCACUCACUGCCCCACUACCUGGGCGCGCUGGAGCGGCUGGACUACCCCCGGGCCAGGCUGGCCCUCUGGUGUGCCACGGACCACAACACGGACAACAGCACGCAGAUGCUGCAGGAGUGGCUGGCCGCUGUGGGUGACGACUAUGCCACUGUGGUCUGGAGGCCCGAGGGGGAGCCCAGGUCCUAUCCAGAUGAAGAGGGUCCCAAGCACUGGACCAAAGAAAGGCACCAGUUUCUGAUGGAAUUGAAACAGGAAGCCCUGACCUUUGCCAGGGACUGGGGGGCUGACUACAUCCUGUUUGCAGAUACAGACAACAUUCUGACCAACAACCAGACGCUGAGGCUUCUGAUAGAGCAGGGGCUGCCUGUCGUGGCCCCGAUGCUGGACUCCCAGACCUACUACUCCAAUUUCUGGUGUGGGAUCACGCCCCAGGGCUAUUACCGUCGCACGGCCGACUACUUCCCCACCAAGAACCGCCAGCGCCGGGGCUGCUUCCGGGUCCCUAUGGUCCAUUCUACCUUCCUGGUGUCCUUGCGGGCUGAGGGGGCAGCCCAGCUCGCCUUCUACCCUCCUCAUCCCAACUACACCUGGCCCUUCGACGAUAUCAUUGUCUUCGCCUAUGCCUGCCAGGCCGCUGGGGUCACGGUCCACGUGUGCAAUGAGCACCGUUAUGGGUACAUGAACGUGCCCGUGAAAUCCCACCAGGGGCUGGAGGACGAGAAGGUCAACUUCAUCCACCUAAUCCUGGAAGCGCUGGUGGACGGUCCCCCCAUGCGGGCCUCAGUGCACGUGUCCCGGCCCCCAAAGAGACCCAGCAAGAUGGGGUUUGAUGAGGUGUUUGUCAUCAGCCUGGCCCGCCGGCCCGACCGCCGGGAGCGCAUGCUAAGCUCGCUCUGGGAGAUGGAGAUUUCUGGGCGGGUGGUGGAAGCUGUGGACGGCCGGACACUCAACAGCAGUAUCAUGAGGAGCCUCGGCGUGGACCUGCUGCCCGGCUACCAGGACCCCUACUCGGGCCGCACACUGACCAAGGGCGAGGUGGGCUGCUUCCUCAGCCACUACUCCAUCUGGGAGGAGGUGGCGGCCAGGGGUCUGGCCCAGGUCCUGGUGUUUGAGGACGACGUGCGUUUUGAGAGCAACUUCCGGGGGCGACUGGAGCGGCUGAUGGAGGAGGUGGAGGCAGAGAAGCUGCCGUGGGACCUAAUCUACCUGGGUCGGAAGCAGGUGAACCCCGAGGAGGAGGCCGCUGUGGAGAGGCUGCCGCAUCUGGUGGUGGCGGGGUACUCCUACUGGACCCUGGCCUAUGUCUUGAGCCUGGCGGGAGCUCGCAAGCUGCUGGCCUCCCAGCCCCUGUGCCGAAUGCUGCCUGUGGACGAGUUCCUGCCCAUCAUGUUUGACCGGCACCCCAACGAGCAGUACAAGGCGCACUUCUGGCCGCGGGACCUGCGCGCCUUCUCCGCCCGGCCGUUGCUCGCUGCCCCCACGCACUACGCAGGGGACGCUGAGUGGCUCAGCGACACGGAGACAUCCUCGCCCUGGGACGAUGACAGCGGCCGCAUCAUCAGCUGGAGCGGCUCUCACAAGACCCUGCGUGGCCCCCACCUGGACCUAGCUGGCAGCAGUGGGCACAGCCUCCCCCCACCACCCCACCCCCGGGAUGAGCUCUAGGGCUGGGCAGUGACUCCAGAGAACCACCCGGGAGCAGGCUGCCGCUGGCCAGGGAGCAGAGUUGGAAAUAGCUUCAGGAGUCGCCACCAGGAGCCACAGACCCCACAGAGACCCGACUGUCACCUUAGGCAUGGCCACUUUGUCUUCUGGCUCCCUCUUGCAUUGGGAGAAACCACUCCAAGAUGGGCCCCUUCUCUGAAGGUCAUGGAGAGAAAAGGCAGGGCUCACAGGCCCUCUCACCCUGCCUGGUCUGACUCAGGGCCUGGGGUGGAGGGAAGGAGGGGGGCUCCCCAGCCUUCGGCUUCAAGCUGGACAGAUGCCGGGAGCCCUGCCCUCUCUGUGGACCCAACUGCUGGGGCCCCUCCGCCACCUUCUACCUCCACCCCAGCCCCCUCCCCACUCGACACCUGGGUCUCACUUGCCUGGGCCCAUCCUCUCCGCUGGCCACUGGGAAGUGCAGGGAGGUGGGAGGAGAGCCCUUGCAGGCCUGGUACCCAGCACAGAGUAGGCCCUCAAUAAAAGCCAGCUGGUGUUUGCACUUUA